AUGCGACUCCUCGGCCUCCUCGCGCCCGUUGCGGCCACGGCUGCGGAAACGAUGCAGCUGGCCUGGACAACCGACAUCAACAUGACCCGACUCGACAACCAGGGUGCCUACGUGUACGGGCCCGACGGGCCGUGGCAGGCCAUCGCAGUCAGGGUCGGCACCGCGUAUACAAGGAGGCAAUUAAACGGCCUGCCAUCGGCCGAGGGUGAGUUCGCCGCUAUGUGGCCGAGCGGCGGAGGCCUGUCCAUGGUACCGACGCCUGGCGCGGGGGGCAAUUACACGUUGGCCGACUCGCCGACCGCCGUCAACACCACGACGUUUAUUGUUCUAUCGGACGACUGGGGGUGGUACCUGGUCAUGGGCGAGUCCCCCGUGGGCAGGUGCGUCGUGGACAUCGUGACGCUGACCACCAAGCGGCUGGACGCGGACCUCCAGCUCAACACGACGCUCUCCGUCGUCGACGAGAGCAACUACCGGCUCCCCGACGGGAGCCGCUGCCCGGUGAACGUGGGCGUACUCGGCCUGGGCUUCCCCACGGUUUGUCCCACGGUCCUCGGCGAUUCCGCCCCCCCGGGUAUCCUGCAGGAGCUCAAGUCGCAGGGUCGGAUAGCAUCCAUGUCGCUGAGCCUGCACAUGGGCAGCGUCGCCCUCGAGCAGCCAGGCUCACUCGUCCCCAGUGGCUACGAGCGCAACCGCGCCCUGGGGCCCGUUGGCGUCUUUGACUUCAGCCCGUUGUCCUACCCGUUUCUCCUCCUUAUCGACGUCCUCCUCGGCACCCAGGUCGGCGCAUCCCCCAUCUCCAGCCCCUCGGACGAAGGCAGCGUCUGGCAGGGAAUCGGUGAGCACAACGAGGCGGCCAGCGGGAUCAUUCGGAAGGAGGAGCUCCUCGAGAUGUAUAUUCCGGAACAGGUUCCAUCCCACGGUGAGGAAUUCCUCAACGAUCUCCCUCCUGAUGAACUCGCGGUGACGGAUGGCAAACACCAACUCCCAAGACACUUGGCCAAUGUGGUGCUGCUCGACUUCGACGCAAGUCCGGCCAAGUAUAAGCACCUCGGCCUGGGAGGGUCCAGCGAGCCUGUCCACCACUGUUCAAGUUACCUCUAG